ACAGCAUAAUACUGUUACGCUUUAUGACCUCUGCACCACAGACAUAAAUUAGUUGACAAAAUGCUACAUGCCGCUCUCUAAAUACCGCAGAAGUCUAAUGAAAGUUGCAUUUUACUGCGGUGUUCUACCUAAUAAAUUGUACACAGCAACAACAUAUGUUUACAUUUAAAAUAAUCUUGUUUUUAUGAUUUAUUUUUUGGUAGUUACUGUGAAAAUAAGUCAUUAAACCUCCAUGAAAUAGUCACAAUUUUGAAAUGAAGGUAUGUUUAUGUACAGUUUAAGUUUACAAGAACAUCACAAGACGUGGUCCAUGGUUUACACUGUUAUGUAAAAUGUUGUUUUGAGUUUACGUAAGCGCUCCCAUGAAAUGUUCACAACACCAAAACACGUUCAUCUUGGUAUUUUUUACGUAUAUUUACCAUUUUUUAACAUUUUCGUCACUUCUUCCGGUACUGGAGAUGGAGGAGGAAGUGAUGUUUGCACCAAAAGUACCCACCCCAAAGCUGCAGUUCGCACCAACACCAAACCAUUGUUAUGGUCCAAUUCUGGAUCAAUUUCUGUUGUUUGUUAUGCAUUUUUUAUACUAUGCCCGCUCGUUGUGUUGAAGGGUUUUGCUCGAGCACUCGAGGAGAUUAGGAGAGUAAUUGUUUACCUUUUCAGCUUUAUUGUCGUAGUCAAGACAUUUAGCGAAAUUGCUUCAGAAGCUUUGUUCAACAUGAGUAUAAAAUAUAUAUGAAAACGGAAGAAUCCAAAUAAAAUAUGCACGGAAGGAGAAAUAAUGUUUAUCACCCCUUCUCCUCUGGUGAAAGUCUAUUUUCAGCUAUGUCAACCUACAAUGUAUUACUCAGGACAAUCCCCCACCAGAAGGCUCUUUGACCAUGACCAUCUAGUUUCUUGACAUUUUUUUCAAUUUGGAUGCUGCAUCUACACAUUGUCAUAUUUACUAUUUGGGCGUAUUGUUUCGAGCUUUGUAGGGUUGUCACAAGAAAUGAAAAGAAAGAAAAACUUGAACAUGAAGGUUUUCCACCAGUAUUGCCACAUUAGAAUUAUUGGGUCUUUGUUGAUUUCAUUUCUGCAAUGAGCCAUGUUCCACAAAUGGUCCCUGUGCUAGAACUGGUACUUGAAAGUCGGCGCAAGCCAUAUGCAAUAGAACCACUGGGUGAUUAAGGUUGAAGGCCGAUCUUAAGUAAACUAUUAUCAAAUGUAGAAUUACUACAGCUUAUGCUUGGAUAUGAACAACUCAGAGGGCAAAAAAACAGCCAUACGUCACUUGCUGAUGCUGUGAACCCCAAGCUAGGUUGGACUACUACUGCAUAAUUUCAAAUUUUAUUUCAGAAUUGUAUUUAUCGUAGAAUAACCUGCCAGUGAACAAAAAUACAUUUUUAGGGGUCAUAAUAGAUGAAAAUAUGGAAAUCUCACAUUAACAACAUACAUAAGGUGGCGAGAGAUACUUCAAUACUGAAUAACAUAUGUCCUUGACCACAAAUCACUCUAUAUUCUCUAUUGUUUUCUGGUAUUACCAUAUCAAACUAUAAUAGCAUUACUAUACAUACUAACUAUAACUAACUAUAAUAGUGUGAAGUAUGGGGAAACAACUACCUUUAUAAAAGUACACUUUACACACUAAAUAUGCUGUAAAAAAGAUCAGUUAGGAUCAUCCAUGAUUCAUGUAUACCUCACAUACAAAACCUCUAUUGCUAAAAUCCUAAAUAUUAAAAAUUGCUGAUCUAGUAAAUUUUUAAACAGCUAAAAUUAUGCUUGCUACCCAGAAAUUAUUCUCAACAAGAUAAUAAUUCCAACAAUGUUCUGUUAUGUACUGUGUGUAUAUAUAUAUAUACUGACAUUUAUUAUGACUGUUGUAGGAUUAUUUUAUGAUCACGUUGUUGCAUUACCUUAUCAUUCUCCUCUGUAGACUACAUUUGGAAUACAGGAAGUGAAUAUUGCAAUUGAUGUGAAUCGUUUGGGGGGCAGGAUUAAAUAAGAUUUGUGGAACUGCGUAUACUAUUGUGUGAUGUAUUUCAAUGUAACUUUUGUGCAUGUUCAAAUAAAAUUAAACCAUUACCAUAAAUUCAGUGAAUAAAAUGUAAUAUUAUGCAAAUAGACGCUAAAUUACAUUUUGUGUGAAAAGUGUAAUCUGAUUGGGAGUCGCUUCAAAUCUGAUUAUUUUAACAAUUUGAGAAUUUCUUAUGAUGUCAUCACAUUCCUCCUGAUGGUGGACCUCUUCAAAAAACACUUUUCUGCUAGAGGGUCAUAGGUGAGGUCAUGGACAGAAGCAAUGAUGUGACGUUGAUGUCAUGGUAUACGAAGAGUCACAUUAAAUUCCGCUGAUGUCAUCAUCCUCAUACUGCUCACAUCCCUCUAAGGGCCAUUUUGCUAAUUAUCUAUGGAUUGCUUAAAUAUGCUGUGAUGUUGCAACCUCUUUUUUUACUUAACAAUCACAUUCAAAUUUGAAAUGGAACGGUCAGUUUCUAGUUCUAAUGUAGACCACUCAUCCCCAGUCAGGUAGUAUAGAGAUUUCACACACUGUAGAGCAGGGGUGUCCACACUUUUUUAUCGUACGGCUGCAAACAAAAAAUGGAAGAAUGUCGGCAGCCACUGUAAUAUUUCUCACCUUUAUAUUUUUAUUAGCCUUUUAAAAUUGACGGAACCAAGUACAGGGAGCGGCAUAGUUGCAAUGGUAACUGCUGCGUGAUGUUUGUAUCAAUAAAAACAUGCGAUAUAUCCAUGUAGAGUGUCGACUAAAAGCUCAACAAAACCAAUUUUAGGAAAGAAAUACCCACUCAAAUCACUUAGUAAAUUAGUGUUUCCCCCUUCCUGCUGUCUUUUUGUCACACUUAAAUGUUUCAGAUCGUCAAAAAAAUCUAAAUAUUAGUCAAUGACAACAUAUGGAAAAGUGAUUGCCUGCUGAAAGUAAUAACUGGUGGGGCCACUAUGAGCAGCAACAACUGCAAUCAAGCAUUUGUGAUAACUUGCAGUGGGUCUAUGGGGGAAUUUUGUCCCACUCAUCUCUGCAGAAUUAUUUUAAUUUAGUCACUCUAUUACAGCAUGAAACACCUUUUUAAGGUCAUACCACAGCAUCUCAAUAGGAUUCAGGUCAGGACUCUUGACUAGGCUGCUCCAAAGUCUUCAUUUUGUUUUUCUCGAGCCAUUCCUAGUUAGACUUGCUGGUGUGUUUCGGAUUAUUGUUCUGCUGCAGAACCCAAGUUGGUUUCAGCUUGAGAUGGCCGGGAGUUCUCAGAAUUCAUGUUUCCAUUUAUCAUAGCAAGUCUUCCAGGUUCUGAAGCACCAAAACAGCCGCAGACCAUCACACUACCACCACCAUAUUUGACUGUUGGUAUGAUGUUGUUUUUCUGAAAUGCAGUGUUACUUUUACAUCAAAUGUAAUGUGACACACACCUUGUAAAACUUUUGUUGUUGAGUAUCAAGAUUUUUUCUGGCAAAAUUAAGAUGUUAAUGUUGUUUUUGUUUAGAAGUGGUUUUUCAUCUUGGAACUCUGCCAUGCAGGCCAUUUUCGUCCAAUGUCUUUCUUAUGGUGGAGUCAUAAACACUGACCUUAACUAAGGCUAAAGUUAGACCUGUAGUUCUUUCAGAUAUAUUCUUGUGGGGUUUUUUUGUGACCUCUUGGAGGGGUUGUCGCUGAGCUCUUGGGGUAAUUUUGGUUAGGCGGCCACUCCUGGGAAGCUUUACCACUGUUUCAUGUUUUUGACAUUCGUGGAUAAUGGCUCUCACUGUGGUUUGCUGACUAAUUAAAUUUCUUUGAUGAUCUUGAACAUUCUGGAACGUCCUGGAACUAAAGCUAUUUUAUUUUUAAUUAUAUCUAUUUUAAAAUAUAGAUUUUUAUAGUAUUAUUUUUGUGAUUGUACUACUCCUUUAUAUUAAUCUGAUGCAGGACAUUUUUAAUUGAAUUUUUGAAUAUUCCGAUGGGCAGAAAAAAAAACAGUUCCGCAAAUGGCCCCCGUGCCGCAGUUUGAUCACCCCUGCUGUAGCGGCUUGGACGUUCCAAGCGGCCACACGCCGUGUAAUUGAUCUCAUUUAGUUUGGACGAGCUGUGGUGAAGCAAGACGACGCGGUGCCAUUCAUGAGGAAAGUCCUCUUCCUUUGCCGAGGCUGACUCUUGUGUCGUUACAUUGUAGCGGAAAGAAUGUCGGAAAGGGCCGAGGAUGACGUCAGGGGGGAGCAGCGCCGAGCGGCCAGGCAGCAGCUGAAGCAGCAGCAGCAACCGAUCCAGCGGGGAGAAGGCUCCACAGCAAUGGCGACUGUUGCGGAGCGGAGAUCCUUGCCGAGUCCUGAAAUAAUGCUGGGACAGCCUUGGACCAGCUGGGUCGACGCCGCCAAACUCCACGCCAAUGACGGUGCUGAAUUGGAGGAAAGUUUCAAAGACUCCGGGAAAAAUCGCGAAGCCAUGCGUUUGUGCAAAGAAGAUAUGUCCAUAUUUGGCCAGUAUCCCGCUCAAGAUGACUUCUACCUGGUGAUGUGCAGCCACUGUAGUCAAGUAGUCAAGCCCCAAGCCUUCCAAGCACAUUAUGAGAGAAGACAUAACUCGCCCAUAAAGUCGGCCUCCGCCUCACCCUUCCCUUUGUCGGGAAGGAACAGGAGUAGUAACAGUGCACACGGACCUGGACUGGGCCCAGGGUCUGUUGCUGGACUAACGAGUGGUGGGAUCUUUGGGCGAACCUCUACUGCAGGAUCUAGCUUAUCUUCCUCUAUAACAUCCUCGUCAUCCUCCUCCAAUCCCAAACUACUAAAACCAGCCAAAGAGAAACUGCCCGGCAUUCAGCGAAGGCCUCCUUUUCCUCCCUUCAGGAUGCUCCAGCCAGAUAAAAUCCUCACCCCGGCUGUCAAGGUGGAGAAGAUGCUUCUGAAUGUGGACUCGUCAGCUAAGCUGGUGCAGGCCCCCUCCGCCCCCCCAACCACCUCAUCCACCUCAACAUCUUCCUCUAGCACCACUGUGAGCUCCAACACUACCACCACCACCAUCACCACCUCCUCAUCCUCUGCCCUUAAACCAGGCCUUAACUGUCCCUCCAUACCAAAGCCUCCCUUACCGACCCCAGGACAAAUCCCUAAUGGCAAAGGCCACAUGUCUGUCUCGGAUAAGAAGCAGGAGAACAGCAGCAGCAGUGCUAGCAGACGCCACCUUAAUAAGAAAUUGACAGAACGGGAGUUCAAUCCAGACAUCCACUGUGGCGUUAUGGAUGUGACGGCACGUAAACCCUGCACAAGAUCCCUAACAUGCAAGACACAUUCCUUGAACCAGCGUAGGGCAGUGCCAGGGCGGAGGAAACGCUUUGACACAUUGCUGGCAGAGCACAAGAACAGAACAAAGGAGCGGGAGAGAGAGAGAGAACACCACCAAACCCAUUCCCAACAAACGCCCCCUCUCAGGGACCCACACCCCUCCCUCCAUCUACCCACUUCUUAUGAUGUCCACACGGUGGCUCAUGGCAACGGACCCACCCCAGAAGCCACCAAGAUUCUGCCAACCAACAAACCAAAAUUUCACAGCCCUGGUCUUCCACGACUAAACAACACACACGGGGCUGGUACCCCCAUAGACCCCGCAGCAGUCCACGAGUCACCGCACCAACCCCAAAGUGCUCCUGAUGGCUUGUCUCGAGCCUCCAGUGACGAGGGAGAGAAUGAUGAGCGUGAGGAGAGUGCUGACAAACUGCACUGUCAAUAUUCAGGUUAUCACCCUCGACCGGUAGCUUACUGUAAGUUCGGAAGUCGACUGUUUGGGAGAGGCUGUUACUCCUUCGACAGGCGAUGGGACAGAAUGCGAUUUGCCCUCUCCACAAUGUUGGACAAGCACGUCAACUCUCAUAUGUGGAGGAAAAUCCCCUUGGCCUUGGAGAACAGCUCCUCUUUUGCACCUCCCCAUAAGACAAGCACAAACUCCCACAGUAGCACCCCUUCUUCAGGCUUCCUGGGCCCACCUUCCACCUUGACCCAGACCCCCUACAGCCAAUCAUAUGAGGGCAAGCCUCUGCUCCCCUAUGGGACCACCUUAAAUGCCCGCAGCUCUCCGCAAGGAGGGUCUGAGCACCCGGCCUACGGCACCACGCAGGCCCGACAAGUGUCUUCGUCGCCGCAGAUGCCUUCAGCCCAUUUGUCCUCCUCCACUUCUCCUUUAGCUCCUUCCCUUGCCUCAGGCCGGGCGCUUAAGUCCCGUCCCUCCAGCAGCAGCACUACAAAGUCAUUGUCCUUCAGGCCCAAGGAGACCUCCACCGGUUCCUCCACACCCGUCAUCCCCACUCCAGUGGGUGGGGGUAGCAUCGGCGCCAACAGUCACAGUAGCAGCACCAGCUUCAGCUCGGGAAAGAAGAGGAAGAACAGCUCGAUCCUCUCCUCGUCCCACAGCUCCUCCGAACCCCCGAACGCCAACUAUUCUCCCUCAUCCUCUUUCAAGAAGAACUGUGCAAAUGUCGGCAGCUCAGGGAGCACUUACCACCACAGCUCACUAGGUUCCUCAUCCUCAUCGUUAUCCUCCUCCCAUAGCGGAGUCCACAGCGUAGGUCUCAACUGUGGCCCCAGCGUGCGCACAAACUCCCUCAACCUCAAGGCUGAGCUUUCCGGAGGCUCGUCGGGCAGCUCUUCCGGCCCGCCAGCGCGAGGUCCUCCCUCAGGCAGUUCUGCCGAGUCCAUCAAGCGCAUGAGUGUGGUGAUGAACAGCAGCGACUCCACCCUGUCUCUGGGGCCCUUUGUCCACCACCAGCCCUCGGCGGAGCACCACACCGGCUUCAGCCACCACUCCUCAGACGGCCGCCUGGAGAGCAGGAAACGCAAAAGCUCUCCUGCCGUCAGCGGCGUGAACAGCGGCGGCGGAGGAGGGGGAAUCGGUGACGGCGGGGGUGGGGGUCCUGGACCGGGUAGACACAAGGUGACCAAGUCGCCUGCCAUUAACAACAUUCACGGGAAACAUGGGCGGAGCAUUCCGGGGACGCCAGGGAUGCCCAACAACUCCCAUUUACAUCAGCCAAAGGCUCGUCCCUGACAGCGGUGUCCCGCCUGCGGAGUGCUUGGAGGCGACACGAGGACGGCGACUAGUCUGGAGCACUCCGCUCUGGACCGCAUGAGGCCUUCUCUUUCACGAAAAAAAUCCACAUUACUCUCAAGUUUCCCACAAUCCUCAGGGUUGGAGAUGAUCUGGACCGCCAGUGAAGUCAAAUGUCCGUACUCUUUCUCCCAAAGCCAUGUCCGUUGGAGGGAUGGGGCGCUGUGCUCGAAAAGGGGAUACAUCGCUUGUGGAGCUCUGGCUUGUGUGGUGGUGGGGGGGUCACGGACGAGCCAGCCGCGAACUUCUACUUAUCCCAGUAUUCCGUGAGGUCUUCCAAGAUGAGCGCAGUGUAAGAGGAAGGAGAGCGACAGCAGUGGGUCUCUGGGGGGGGCGAGUGUGGGCUCUACGGCCACAAGCUGUCAGGAUGCUGAGUGGGGAGCAACAAGCCGAUCUCUUCCGUGAGUGUGUGUGUGUGUGUGUGUGUGUGACAGUUACAGAGAGCGAGUGUGUCUGUUUUGAGUAUUUUUCUCAUGUCAGAAUCUGCUGGACUACUGGAAUUCCCGACUUAAUUUCACCCCCCCAGUUCGUUCUCAGAAGCCUUGAAAAGGAGAGCAGGAGAACUCGUAAUCGCUUUGUUUCAUGCUUCAUCAGUCGGACUCUGCUCCUUUUUUUGAGGGGGCGGGGCUACAUGGUUUAGCUUGAGAAACGGCCGCUAGGGACAACCAUGUUUUUUUUGUUUUGUUUUUAAUUCCCCCUGAAGCAUUAUGCAAGUGUUACCUUUUUAUGAUUUUUCUUACAAGCUUUUUACACUGAACUACAAAGAGUCUUUGUAGAUGUGCUCGAGGAUGGUUUUGCGCUUUCAAACUGCGAUACGGUCACCUGAUGUGCCCUCGUUUUGAGUCUUUUUGUCAGAUGAGACAGUUAGAAUUUCACAAUCUUUCAGAAUGAUCGAAAGACCCGCUCCCCGACUGUGAACAGCACUAAAUAGCUCGUCUCCACAGUGUAAUGCUAGUGUGGUCGCUACUUGGGUUUGUGUGUCUUUUUCCACUUUUGAAGUGGAAAGUUGGGCUGGUGAAGUGGUGGAAGUGGAAGUUGCAUUACCUGUGUGGAUAUUCUGAAUCUGUGCAAAUCGUAUUAUUGCCACAACAUUUUAUUCUGUUCAGUAUCACAAUUACUGUGGGAGAUCCACAGCUGCCCUGUGGACCGAUGUGAAUUGUAAUGUUUUUUUUUUUUCGCCCCCCUGCAUAGGGAAUCAGGUAUGGUACGUCUUAACUGGAGCAAACUUUAUGCACGUCAGCUGUCUUCUGUGGGUGUUUUUAGUCCCUGUUGUGUGUUUUUUUCCGCAGGAACCCUCCCCCCCAAAAAACUUUGAUUUGCUCGGCUCACGUCGAGAUAGAAAGGCCAGCAUUGUACUUUUGAAUUCCUUGAGUCGAAACGGGAGUCUUAAAUCAGGCAAAUACGCUGCACUCGGUAGAUCAGCUUCAAGUCGGGCUUGGUGGUGCGAGAUUCAUGCAGAUGGCUUCACAGGACAUAUUCCCAAAAUAUUUGGCCACAUACGUGGAGACCUCCACUGAUGUCAGUAAAGAGUGGAAACACUUUUUUUUUUCUCCCUUGUAGCUUAUGUAUUUAAAGUUAUGAACUUACCCCCUAUUUGAGAAGACGUAUUUUGUUAAGGAAUUGUACAUAAAUGAAAUGUGUAUUUUUGCACAGGCAUUUUUUUGUACACACAUACAUUUUUGGGUACCGUUUAAAAAAAAAAAAAAAAGAGUCCUUAUUUAUUUAAGAAGCCAGAAUUUGAUGAAGUUUCACUGCCAAGUCUAUAUGAUGCAAUACAUGGAGAUAUAUAUGUAAUAGAAGCAGAAGCCUCUCGUAAAUCAUGGACUGAAGGUCCCUUUUUAACGGGACAGCGGUGAAGUUUUUUUUUUUUUUUCCACUGUAGCAUGUUGUUUCUGUUGACAGCGAAAUACCUUUAUCACUUUUUCAAGGUCUCAAAUCACAUGUGCUUUUACGACACAUAUUAUGUUGCCUAUGAAUCAACACAACUAAUGUACCUGUGUGACCCAAUCGGCCUGUGAUGGUUCUACUGUCCCACAGGCUUUUUUUUUUUUUUUUCUCAAUGGACCCGGAAGUCAUACACUUUACCUUAAGACACGUUUCAUGCUUGUUUUUUUGAAGGCUGAUGGGACUAAAGCAGUCAUCUGCAUUGUCAUUGCCAAACAAGUCAUUUUGAGCCCACGGCUUUUUAAAAGAAAUAUCAAAUUAAGAAAGUGCCUGAAUUAGUUUCACCCUGUUUGAGGACAGUGUUGUUUUUUGUUGUUUUUUUUACCUUACUUGAAUGUUCAAAAGUGUUGCGUUCAAAUCUGCCUAUGAACCCUAAAUGUGGUAAAAAUAUGAGCUUGUCAGCUGCCCGGUAUCAGAACAUGUAGUAUUGUGUGUGUUUUUAUGACACAGACAAGAUGCUAACAUUUCCUGUCAUCCGUUUGUAUGUGUGUGUGUGUGGCUGAAGCCGCGUCUGGUUUACUAGGAGUUGUACAUCACAACAUUCAAUCUCAUCCUUUGUUUACCUUGGAACUCCACUGACAGACAUCUCAACUGAAGGUGUAUUAUUGUGAGGAUGUUUUUUUUUUUUUUUUUUUUCAAUAGAACCAUAGACUUGGAAUGUGAACGUCAAAGAAUACAGCUAAUGUCUGGGAGGAAAACUCAAACCCUUCAUGAGACAAAAAAAAAACCCUGUAAUCCCCUUGCCCCCCUUCCCCUGAUGAACAUCAAAUCAUUUUCAGCUAGACUUUUAUGUAUUGGCUGCUAUGUAAUUCAUGAACAAAAACACAAGUUAGAAGUAAUAUUUAAAGAGAAAAAAAAGAAGAUUGUAUAGUAUAUUUGUUUUGUAACAAGUUUGUGUAAAUAAAAUAAUUUAUACUAUUUAUAUGAAGAUAACAUCUCGGUCUUGUU